AUGAACACUACCUCCAAUCCAUCUACUCCUUCCUCAUAUGUUGUGAGUUCCUUGAAUCCCACCAAAAACCUUCCGUUCACUUCUUCAUCGUUCAACAGCAGGAUCACCACUAAAGAUGAGUUGGAUCGGUUUGAGAAGUUGCCAAUGGUGCAGAGUAUCAACUCCCUUGAAAAAACAUUGACAUCACUCACCAGUCGUAUAUCGCUAUUUAAAGAAGAUGGGCUUAAGGAUGAUGUUGAUAAGUUUGUUGCAUAUAGCCAGGAGUUACUGGAUGAAUUGGACAAACUAGAACAUCAUGCUCAAUUAGGAGGAGCCAUUGAUAAAUUGGAAGAUGAAAAUGAUACUUUGGAUGAUUUGGGGAAACUGAUACUCAAAGAGUUAUUAUCAUGUCGAGAAGCAUUGAAACGACUUCCCAGAUUGCCUGCUUCUAAACGAAGUGACAAGAAUCUUGUUGAUCCAUUGGUUGAUGUUAAGGAAGUAUUGAAGUAUGCUAUGAAAUUAGCCAAAUUUACAAGAGCUCCAGCAACUAUGGCCAAUGCUCUGUUUCAAAUCCAUCCUAAUAAUUAUAUAUGGCCAGCAGAAGAUGCUCUUCGAAAGGGCAUGUUGGCCAUGAGUUCGAUACAUAGUGAGGAGCUUAUCAAGAUGGAAAUUGGAGAAGAACAGGAUGUCGACAUGAAGGAAGAAGCAGAACCAAUAGAAGAUAAAAUCAUCAAACACAAGUUGCCAAAGGAAACGGAAGGUUCAUCGGAUUUAGGGCUUCUUCAUAGAAAGAAUUCGUUUGGUAAUUAUGGAACAAAUAUAUCAAUGGAAAAUAAACCACCAUUGGAUGCUACUAAUGAGAAUGAUAAGAAUGAUGAUGAUAACAAGAAUACUAGUACUACUGUCAAUGCGCUUGAUUUAGAUUUAUUUGAUCCUGAUGAAGAUGAUUAUUCAGAUUAA